ACCCUUCGUCCCUCCCUUCGUUCUGUUUUCUCAUCUUAGUCGGAUUGAUUUCGACUUUUCAUUCGUUCGAGAUCACCCUCUUUGAUAGAGAACUCAACUGUUCUUUCCUCUGGGAGGUUUCAUAGUGUCCCCUCGCACUUCGACGACGCACACCUCGACGGUAUCCGGUCCUUAGCUUCAUUCUCUGUUCGUUGCAUUCAGUCACGAUGGUCGCAUUCGCUUCUUUUGUCGGCACCGCCGCCUUCUUCGUUGGUUACGCAUCUGCUCUGCCCCGUCCGGGAUGGGCCGCCUCGAGCGACUACGCCUCCUGGGAGGCAUCCAGCGCCGCAGUCAUGCCAUCCGCUGCCUCUGCUGCAUCAUGGGACACGAUGGCUGCCUCCGCUACGAUGGCUUCGAGCGAUAUGGGUUCGGGCAGCAUGGGCUCAAGUAAGAUGGGUUCAAGCAAAAUGGGCUCCAAGGGCAAGGACUCGAUGUCCUCUGCUGACUCUAUGGCCACUGCUGCAUCGUCCUGGGGCUCCUCCGGUUACAACUCUGGCUCUUCCUGGGGCUCUGCUAACUCCAUUGCGUCCUCCGAUGUCAUGGCCACCGCAACUGCAGCAGCGAUGGGUAACUCCUGGUGGUCGUCGUCGGCAGCACCACCGAUGUACACUGAGACCGCGAUGGCUACCGAGACAAUGAUGGCCUCGAGCACUUGGGAGGCGACGUCCACUGCUGCCGCUACUUCCGUGUCUUACGGCUCUGGUAGCUCCAACUGGGGCGGCUCUGGCUAUGAGAGCUGUGUGCAGCAAUGUAUGAUGGAAUACGCGCCUCCCGCGACUAUCACGGCGUCCCCCUCGAGCAGCUACUCAGGCUCCAGCUCCGGCUCCUCCGGCAGCGGGACCACACACACCGUCAUUGUUGCACCUACGCAGGGAGUGCUCCGCUUCGUACCCUUCAGCGUGAACGCUAGCGCUGGCGACACCAUCCUCUACGAGUGGCACGCGAACAACCACACCGUCACCAAGGGCUCUGAGCUCGAGAUUUGUAACGAGACGUCCACGGCGCCCUUCGCGACUGGCGAGCACGAUCUUGGCUUCACUUUCACCGAAACCGUCAACGACACGAACCCGGUGUUCUUCUUCUGCUCUACGCCAGGACACUGUGAGAAGGGCAUGUUCGGUAUCAUCAACCCGCCCAGCGUGGAGAACAACGCUCCCACCUCGGUUGCCAGCAUGAUGCCCGCGAUGAUGGCAAACAGCUCGACGCUGUCCGCCAUGUACGCCGCCAGCAACGUGUCCAACAACUCCGCCGCGGCGAGCUGGGGCAACACCAUGGACAUGGGCUCCAUGCCUGCGUGGUCGCAAUCGCUGUUCGCCGAGAACGUCCUGUACACGCGUGCCUUCUUGGCGGCGAACCCGGCCGUCCUCAAGCCCGAUGGCAGCAUCGACAUGAGCGCGACCAACGGCACGUGGAACCUCCCCGCCGACAUCAGCCAGACGCUCAGCAGCAGCGGCACGUCCGCGAGCGCGAACGCGAGCACGGCGGGUGUUGCGAACGCCGGCGCGGCCACUAGCGCCAGCUCGUCGUCGGCGCCUUCCGGCACGGCGGCGGGCAAGACGGGCGCGGCAUCCGCGACCACCGUUUCUGGCGCGCUUCUGAGCGUUGCCGCGAUCGCUGCGACGUUCCUCGCGCUCUAAGCGAUGCCAGCACACUAGUACUGAUCCCUGCUCCUCGACAUGGGUGGCAGGCGGGCGCCGCGCGCACCCGCCGCGGCACGAACCUAGCCAAUAAUGAUGCGCCGGACAUUGUUCAUUUGCUCUAGCUCUGAUACCGUCUCUUGUUCACUUACCGCUGUGCACGGACACUACUCGUCGGACUCUGUUUCGCUGCGAUCGGACACUGUGUUUUUCGUCUGUUUUUACAUUGUUUUUACAUUACUAGUCUCGCAUGCGAGGAAUAGGCUACUGCACCUUCCCACAUUGCUUGUAGGCAGCGCUGGUCAACUAGUAUUCGUUUGGCAGACGCCUCCCGGAA